UCUGAAUACAACCCGCCUUUAAAAAAAACCGUAGAAGAAGAAGAACCCGGAAGUCUUUGUAAACAUUGGAUGUAUGUUCAAAAUCGAAAAUGAAAAUGAGCCUUGUUAUGUAAAUAAGAUGGGGAAAACAGACUGGAAGCUAAGACAAACUGGUUAAUAGUUGAACAGGGACAUGGAAGAGGGACAGGGGCUACAGCCAGGAAGAAACCCGGACUGGAUGUCUCUCCUGCCCGAGGAGCUGCUGGACGUCCCGCUGUGGAACCUGGCUCUACCCGGAAGUCAUGACAGCAUGUCUUUCUGUCUGGAUCUCUCCUCACCUGUCCUAAAAUCAGAGCCCCACCUCCUCAGAGUGAUUGACAGGCUGGUUCCCUGCUGGACUAGACCCUGUGUAUCUCGCUGGGCCACCACACAGCAGGCCGUCCUCACAGAUCAGUGUGAUCUUGGGAUUCGCUUCUUCGACCUGCGGAUCGCCAGGAAGCCAGGUGGAGGAGACAAGUUGUUCUUCGCUCAUGGCAUCUACACAAUCAUGACUGUGAAGGAGGCUCUGGAGGAACUUGCUACCUGGUUGGACGCUCAUCCUAAAGAGAUUGUGAUCAUAUCUUGCUCCCACUUUGAAUCCCUGACAGAUGAAGAUCAUGUAAACCUUGUGGAGUUCAUCAUCUCACUGUUUGGAAACAAACUCUGCCCCCCAAAGGACACUCCCACUCUGCGUUCCUGUUGGUCCAGAGGUCAGCAGGUAGUGGUUUCCUACGGGGAUGAGCUGGUGUUGCUGCAGCAUCCUGAGCUGUGGCCUGGAGUUCCUUACUGGUAUGCCGACAGCCCAGACCCGAAGAAGGUGAUUGCCUACCUGGAGGACCAGAAGAGCAAAGGUCGACCAGCUGGUUUUUACGUCAGCGGUCUGAACCUGACAGAAGAUGCUCCCUACGUCCUCCUCCACCCCCUCCAGAGCAUGAGGAAGAUGACAAUGAGGGCUCUCUCUCUGCUGCUGGACUGGGCGAGCAAGCAGCGACCAGGUGGGCAGAAGGUGGACGGAGUCAACAUCCUCUGCUGCGACUUUGUGGGCGUCCGUUCGUUCUGCUCGCUUGUGAUCGACCUGAACUACAAACUGCUCGAUGGUCGUCCUGUGUAAAGGUUACAUGCUCCAGAUCCGGUUUCUCCUUGUUACUCAUAAAAAGUGCCAAUGAAUGAUUAUAUCAUGUCCUUUUCAAUAUAUUCAGGGGAGUCUGUCUACAUUUUCCUUUCAGUCUUAAACAUUAAAACUUUUAAAACAUUUUGA